CGCACAUCCUGGCCUGAUUCAGGCCGAUCAUGGCUGACGACUUCAAGUCGACCCUGUGCAUCGUGUUCGUCGGUUUAUCAGCGAUUAUCGCGGCUCGACCGCAGCGCGGCGAUUUCGAAUUCCUGACCGUAGUCAAUUGCAAUUGUUCGUCCACGGGAGGAGAUGAUGGCUCGUUCGACGAAGGAAAUCGAGGAACGAGGUACGAAGAGAUUGUUGCAUUUAACGAAACUGACAGUGAGUCCACGAUCGAUAACGAGAGUAGAGGAUUUUCUUUGACGGAUAUCGUCGAGUCGAUGUUCUCUGCGGUGGCCAGCGGGAUCGGUUCCAUCGUCACUAGCAUUAUCGGCACCGAGAAGAAUUUCAAGUCACGAACGUCUAGGAUUAGCUACAAAAAUCACCAGCUGAUCAGAUUGUAUCCGAGUUCGCAAGGACACGUGAACGAUCUGAAAGAGCUCAAGGAAUCUGAACCUGAAGACGUUAAAUUCUGGACCGAACCAAUAUACAACAGAACAACAGACGUGGUUGUCGGACCAGAUCUUGUCUCUGACUUGAAAGUAUUCCUCAGAGAUAAAGGAAUCGAUUUCAAAGUACUGAUACCGGAUCUUCAGAAAACUAUAGCGCAUCAGAAUCCAAAAAUGACGAAGGAGCAACGCAACGACCUCGUCACAACUAACGGGCACAGUAUGACUUGGAAACGGUAUCAUCGAUACGGAGAGAUUGUCAGAUAUUUGGAAUAUUUGGCACUCAGAUACCCAAGCAUAGCUGAAGUGAUAACUAUAGGACACAGUUACGAAGGCCAACCUAUAAACAUGAUAAAAAUCUCAACCGGAAUGAAUAAAGAUGGCGAAGCUAAGCCAGCGAUCUGGAUAGACGCUGGCAUGCACGCACGCGAAUGGAUCGGCUCCGCUGUGGCGACCUACAUCGUCAGCCAGCUGGUCGAGAAGAACUCGAGUUAUGCUAAACUGCUCGACAAUACGGACUGGAUGAUCCUGCCGGUCGUAAAUCCGGACGGCUACGAGUUCAGUCACACCGGCGACAGAUUGUGGAGGAAGACGAGGAGCAAUCACGCGGAGGAUCAAGAUGACAGUCGGUACGAUCGGGAUCUUCUGUCCUUAUUCGUCCUCGUCCUUAGCAAUCCUCUUUCAAGCACGGGUUAUUUAUAUGUUGUUGAGAGACACAAAAAUGAAGCCACGAACUUGUACGAAGUGUCUCGUGACUUCCUAGUGAAUCAUUAUACGAGGUGGCUGUGGGGCAAGUGCGAGGGUGUCGAUCCGAAUAGAAACUUCGACUACCAUUGGGGCGAGAUGGAGGAAGGUGGCGCGAGCUUGGACCCCUGCCACGAGACUUACGCCGGUCCACGCGCGUUCUCCGAACCGGAAACGAAGGCAAUGGCCGACUAUAUUUUAGCUAAUAAACAGAACAUCAGGGUUUAUCUGACGUUGCACUCGUACUCGCAGAUGUGGCUAGUGCCAUGGGGAUACACGUACACGAAACCGUCGGAUUAUUCCGAAUUAGCGAACGUAGCUAAGAAAGCAAUUGGCGCAGUCACGAAGAUACACGGGACUGAUUAUCAAGUUGGCCCAUCGGCUGACUUGUUGUACCCAACUUCAGGUGCUUCCGACGAUUGGGCCAAGGGUGUAGCCGGAAUAAAAUACGCCUACACGCUGGAACUUCGAGAUCGUGGUAGGUACGGAUUCCUACUGCCAGCGUCGCAGAUCAUGCCGACCGCUCGCGAAAUUUGGGCAGGAGUGAAAACGAUCGCCCGUCUAGUCACUUGCUACAGCUGAAAUCGAUUUCGAACGAGCUCGCGAAAUUAUCAGCAGGUUGUGUAUUUUCGAUGAUUUCAGAGAUUUCUUUCAAUCAAGUAUCUAUCUUCGCGACCGAUGAUUCGAUUCGAUAAGCCCAGUAUCGAUCGGAGACCGGAGAUAAUCUCGAGUUGCUUUCUGUUACGAAAAUUAUCGAUGUGCGUCGGACGAGAAAAUCGAAAUGCUACUCCACGAAUUCUGAAACUCGAUGGCAGAAUUUUGUCAUUUUGGAUUUUAUUAACGACGUUUGCUAUAUUUUAACGAAUUUUAACAAUGACAUGUACAUAGUGUAAAGUGCACGUUAAAGUAGAGAGAGUCACAGUACAAGAUUCGAUCAAGAUGGAAUGACUGAUGUAAAGUGUAAUGUGCCUUGAACGGGGUUUGGCAAGAUGUAAAUGAAUGAGAAAAUAAAUGAAUUACACUAAGAUUUCGAUUGUUAAUUGAUAUUUCUAUCGUAUCCGUAUAACGUAUGUACAACAAUUUCUUGGCAAUUGAAACGCUCAAUAUUAACUGCUUACGAGGUAAUGAUGAGUUAUCAAUCUGUUAUCAAUCA